AGGGCUGGUGGGCUGGACCCCGCGGGCCCGUCCCGUCCCGUCCCGUCCUGCCGCAUCCCCGGGGCCGGGGCCGGAGCCGGAGCCGGAGCCGGAGCGCGCGAGGGGGAGCCGCCGGCGCGAUGAGCGGGGGCGCCUGGCCGGGCUGGCUGCUCUGCAGGCUGGGGCUGGUCCUGCUCUGCCGAGGGCUGCUGGUGCAGAGCCUGGAGUAUAACCAGCCGGCCGACAACUACACUGUGUGUCAAGGGGACAACGCCACGCUAAGCUGUUACAUCGACGAGCAGGUGACCCGGGUGGCCUGGCUCAACCGCUCCAACAUCCUGUUUGCGGGGAACGACAAGUGGUCCAUCGACCCGCGGGUCCGGCUCCUCACCAACAGCCCGGCCGAGUUCAGCAUCCUCGUGGCCCAGGUGGACGUGUGGGACGAGGGGCUGUACACCUGCUCCUUCCAGACCCAGGCCAGGCCCCACACGGCCCAGGUCUACCUCAUCGUGCACGUGCCAGCUCGGAUCACGAACAUCUCCUCGGCCGUGACGGUGAACGAAGGGAGCGACGUGAAUUUGCUGUGCGUGGCCACGGGCAAACCGGAGCCCACCGUGACCUGGAGACAGCUGAGAGACGGGUUCACCAGCGAAGGGGAAUAUCUGGAAAUCACCGAGAUCAACAGGCAACAGGCCGGGGAGUACGAGUGCGUCACGGCCAACGGCGUCUCUGUGGCCGACAGCAAGAGGGUCCUGAUCACAGUCAACUAUCCUCCCACCAUCAAGGACGUGAAGGACGCCUAUCCCACCAUGGGGAAGCCGGCACUGCUGAGAUGUGAGGCCAUGGCCGUGCCCCCUGCCGAAUUUGAGUGGUUCAAGGAUGACAAGCAGACCCGGUUCUCUGGAAAACAUAGCAGUGACCGGGAUGGAGUCCCCCUUGUUCCUGGGCUUGCUGUCGUCUGCCUUUGUGACUCUCUUGUUUAAGAUCUAGCGUGUUCGGCGGACGCAGUGGAAGGAGAGAAGGCUCGGGCAGAGAGGGAGAGCGCGUGAGAGAGACCUUCUCCUUUCCGGGAGAGACGAAGAGAGAAAACAAAGAAACAAAUCUUAUCGAGAACCCCAGCACUGUGAGGGAAAUGUGAAAAAAGAAAAA